AUGCUUGUCAAUUGAAAACGAAGAACGAAAAGUAUCUCGCGUUGUUUGCCUGUAAUGCAAAUUUGAUCCGUAUUUCCACAUAAUUUCUCUCAUUUGUCCGUCGAAUAAAAGGAUUAUAUACUAUCAGUGUUCUUAAUUAAAAAGUGAAGAUCUUUGCAAUUUAGUCAUAAAUCACUGAUGUGCUCUUUUAAGUGAUGUGAAUUGUUCUUUGGUGAGCAAGCAAUCCGCCUUGGACCAUGAAAUCUAGUAAGCGAAGACUUCAGGCCCUCACGGAGGGUUCUGACGGGCUACCUAAUUACCUGAAGAUGGAAGAUUCGGAAACAUCAAUUCCUCCUGUAUUUAGAUCUCGAUUACACGAGUUGUUUUCGCAAAUAGAAAAAGAGUUUGACCUUCUGUACACUGAAAACCUGAACCUGCAAGAAAAAAUUGAUAUGCUGAGUGAGAAGUUGGAACGAGAGAGCUAUGUUGGAGACAAACAGAAUUUGGACUACAUCGAGUUUGAUGUAACCGGGAAAAACUCUAAAGUUAAAUUAACCCAGAGCAACUCCCAGAAAGUGAAAGCAAGUCACAAACUAAGAGUGCAGACCAGUAAGAUAGUAUCCAGCUUCAAGGCUCCCACGUACAAUUGUCAGUUGGUGAGGGAGUUCACUGGGCACAAAGAUGGCAUCUGGGAUGUUUCUUCAGCACGUCCGGGACAAGCGCUCAUUGGCACUGCAUCGGCAGACCACACAGCGUGCGUAUGGAGCGUGGAGUGGGGUAAAUGUCUCCUGCAGUACACGGGACACUCUGGUUCGGUCAACUCUAUCCGGUUCCACCCGAGCAGGGACAUAGCACUUACUAGCAGUGGCGACAACACUGCGCAUGUCUGGCAGGCUGCCGUCAACUGGGACUUACCGCGUGGCCAAUCGUCCGAGGAGGAAUUGGAAGGUGGAGGCGAGGAGAGCCUAGGUGAAGGUGGGGACAGGCCAGAAGUGCUGCGUACUCCACUGACUGAGCUGGGCGGGCACCAAGGCGUGGUGGUGGCCGCUGAUUGGCUGACUGGCGGCGAUCACGUCAUCACCGCCUCUUGGGAUAGGACAGCUAACUUAUAUGACGUGGAAACUGGGGAUUGUUUGCAAGUUCUAACAGGUCACGACCACGAGCUUACACAUGCGUCUGCGCAUCACGCGUCGCGGCUCGUGGUGACGGCGUCGCGAGACACCACGUUCCGACUGUGGGACUUCCGCGAGCCCAUACACUCCGUGUCAGUCUUCCAGGGACACACCGAGAGUGUCACAUCAGCGGUGUUCACACGAGAAGACAAAGUUGUGUCCGGAUCAGACGAUCGUUCCGUAAAGGUAUGGGACGUCCGCAACAUGCGGUCAGCUCUCGCCACCAUCAGGUCGGAUUCCUCCGUGAACCGCGUGGGGGUGAGCGGCAACGGCCUCAUCGCGAUACCCCACGACAACAGACAGGUGCGGCUGUUCGACCUGCAGGGACAGAGGCUCGCUAGGCUGCCACGGUCCAGUCGACAGGGCCACCGUCGCAUGGUGACAUCAGUCGCCUGGGCCGACGACAUAUCAUCUAACAUAAACUUCUUCAGCUGUGGUUUCGACAGACGUAUCUUAGGCUGGUCUAUUCAGCCCUCCAAGGAGAAUUAAGCACUAAGACUUUACAGGUACAUGCCCCUUCAUUGUUCACUCAUGUAAUGCCCUGUGUACCCCUACAAUCAACGUCAUACACACAACAUUGGACUUUAUCGCCUUACACAUAAAGGACAAAAUUGCGUGCAUGAUUGAUUACCUUGUCAAAAUAAUCAUGUGAUUUUCUUGUGACCGUUUAUAUUUGUUGUAAGACUAAAAUUUUGUUGCUAUGGAAAUUGUGGAUGCUUCUGUAUAGCUAGUGUAAAGGAUUGAGGUAGUAAAAUUGUGUAUUGUUAUUUAUCCAGCAUUUAUUUUAUCUGCCUGUAAAGCAUAUUUAAACAACAUUUGUGUGGUAU